AUGCACUUCAAGACUAUUCUCCUUACGUUUUUCGCAGCCGCAGCCUUGGCCACUCCCACCGUGGAGAAGCCCAAGAUCGUCGCCCGUCCCAAGGGGCCCAUCCCGGGAUCUGGUUCCAGUUGCUGCUCACACACCCCGGGUGUUUGCAAGCCUGAAUGCGUAAGUAAAAUAGACACAAUGCCGGUUCUAUGGUUUCCUCUUAUGUUAACUCAUCACCGUAGUGUACGAACGGGUGUCCGUGAAUCUGAGAUCUGUUCCAUGGGUUAA